UUGACAUUGUACCAUCUCCUCACCCCACGACCAAACGCCUUAUCCUCACUGUUGCUGCCCACUUGCGCAAAGAGAGUUUGCCACUGGCCAUCUAACUUUCCUGCCACGGGGCUCCGGCCCGAGCUGCAGCAAGCAUGUUUCUUUACUCGCUCACGCUCAGCCGGGCCUCUGGCAUCCAGACGGCGGUCUAUGGGAACUUCAGCGGGCCAAAGGCGCAGGAGGUCGUCGUUUCGCGUGGCAAAGUCCUGGAGCUGCUGCGUCCCAAUGAAAAUGGCAAAAUGCAAACUGUGGUUGCCACUGAGGUCUUCGGACAAAUUCGCUCGUUGGCGGCAGUUCGGCUCACUGGUUCCACCACAGACCACCUAGCUAUCGGCUCAGACUCGGGGAGGAUCGUGUUGAUCAAGUUCAACAAGGACAAGAACGUGUGGGUCAAGGUUCACCAGGAGACAUUCGGGAGAUCGGGUUGCCGGCGCAUCGUGCCGGGCCAGUUCCUGGCCGUCGACCCCAAGGGGCGUGCGUGUAUGGUGGGGGCAGUGGAGAAGCAGAAGUUCGUGUACGUGCUGAACCGCGACGCGGCGGCCAACCUCACCAUCUCCUCGCCACUCGAGGCGCACAAGUCACACCACAUCACUUUCAGCAUCUGUGGCAUGGACUGCGGAUUCGACAACCCCAUCUUCGCCGCCAUUGAGCUGGACUACUCGGAAGCGGACCAGGACCCCACCGGCGAGGCUGCCAGCCUGGCCCAGAAGCACCUCACCUUUUACGAAAUGGACCUGGGCCUGAACAACGUGGUGCGCAAGUGGACAGAGCCGGUGGACAACGGCGCCAACCUGCUGAUCGCGGUGCCGGGCGGUGCGGACGGGCCGGGCGGCGUGCUGGUGUGCGCGGAGAACUUCAUCAUCUACAAGAACCAGGACCACGAGGAGGUGCGCGCCGUCAUCCCGCGGCGCUCCGACCUGCCCGGCGACCGCGGCGUGCUGAUCGUGAGCUACGCCACCCACAAGAAGAAGGCGUACAGCUUCUUCCUGGUGCAGUCCGAGUACGGCGACAUCUACAAGGUGACGCUCAGCUAUGAGGGCGAGGCGGUGACGGAGGUCAAGGUCAAGUACUUUGACACCAUCCCCGUCACCGCCUCCAUUGCCGUGCUCAAGACCGGCUUCCUGUUCGCCGCGUCCGAGUACGGCAACCACGCGCUGUACCAGUUCGUGGGCACGGGCGAGGACGACGACGACGUGGAGAGCAGCAGCGCGCAGCUGGUGGCCACGGAAGAGGGCUUCCAGCCCGUGUUCUUCGAGCCGCGGCCGCUCAAGAACCUGCUGCUGAUUGACGAGAUGGCCAGCCUCAUGCCCAUCACCGACAUGAAGGUGGCCAACCUGCUGGGCGAGGAGAUCCCCCAGAUCUACGCCCUGUGCGGCCGCGGCCCGCGCGCCUCCCUCUCCGUGCUGCGCCCCGGUCUCGCAGUCACCGAGCUGGCCGUGUCGCCGCUGCCCGGCGCCCCCACCGCCGUGUGGACCGUCCGGCGCGCCGCCAGCGACGAGUACGACGCCUACAUCGUGGUCAGCUUCGCGAACGCCACGCUGGUGUUCAGCAUCGGCGAGGAGGUGAAGGAGACCAAUGAGAGCGGCUUCCUGGGCACGGUGCCGACGCUGCACACGCAGCUGCUGGCGGACAACUCCAUGCUGCAGGUGUACCCGGGCGGGCUGCGCCACAUCCGGCCCGACCGCCGCAUCAACGAGUGGAAGGUGCCGGGGCGGCGCGUCAUCAAGGCCGCCGCCUCAAACGACAAGCAGGUGGCCAUCGCGCUGCAGGGCGGCGAGGUGACGCUGUUCGAGCUGGAGCUGGGGACAGGCCUGCUGGUGGAGGCUGAGAAGCGCGACCUGGCCGAGGACGUGUCGUGUCUGGAGCUGCCGCCCGUGCCGGAGGGGCUGCAGCGCGCGGCGUUCCUGGCGGUGGGCACGUACGACCAGACGGUGCGCAUCCUGUCCACAGACCCGGGGGCGGGGCUCAAGAACCUGGCGGUGCAGGCUCUCAACUCCGUGCCGGAGUCGCUGCUGAUGCUGUACAACGUGGGCCCGGGCGCGGAGCGGGCCAGCGAGGGCGGGCUGUUCGUGCACGUGGGGCUGCAGAACGGGGUGCUCAUCCGGGCAGAGGUGGACCGGGUGUCGGGCCAGCUGUCCGACAGCCGCACGCGCUUCCUGGGCACGCGCGCGCCCAAGCUGUUCGCCGCCACCAUCCGCGGCGUGCGCUGCAUGCUGGCGCUGUCGUCGCGGCCCUGGCUGGGCUACAGCGACCAGGGACGGUUCAACCUGUCGCCGCUGUCUUACGACGCACUGGACUACGCCUCGGGCUUCGCCAGCGACCAGUGCCCCGAGGGCUUUGUGGCGGUGGUGAAGAGCACACUGCGCAUCCUGGCGGUGGAGAACGUGGGCGACGCAUUCAACACGCAGGCCUGCCGCCUGCGCUACACGCCCCGCAAGCUGCUGAUCCAGCCCGAGGCGCGGCUGCUCAUCAUCGCCGAGGCCGACCACGCCGCCGUGCCGCUGGCGGAGCGCGAGGACCUGCAGGCUCGGCUGGCUGCCCUGGCUGAGGAGCAGGGCGGCGCGCCGGUGCAGGGCGUGGAGUUCAACGACGAGCUGGCGGCGCUGGAGGAGCAGUUCGGGCCGCCCAAGGGCGCGGCGGGGCAGUGGGCGGGCUGCCUGCGCAUUGUGGAGCCGUCCAGCCUCAGCACCGUGUUCGUGACCGAGAUGGACAACAACGAGGCGCUGGUGUCCAUGUGUCUGGCGGAGCUGCGCAUGCCCGGCGGCAUGGGCGCCGGGCCCACGGGCAUGGAGACGGUGCUGCUAGUGGGCACCGCCCGGGGGCUGCGCUACAUGCCCACGGACUGCGAGGCCGCCUACAUCCGCGUGUACCGGCUGGGCGACGGCGGCCGGCGGCUGGACCUGCUGCACAAGACGCAGGUGGACGGCGGCGUGCCUGGCGCGCUGGCUGGCUUCAAGGGGCGGCUGCUGGCGGGCGUGGGGCCCACCCUGCGACUGUACGACAUGGGCAAGAAGAAGAUGCUGCGCAAGUGCGAGUACAACAGGCUGCCGCACCAGAUCAUGAACAUCACGGUGCAGGGGCCGCGCAUCCACGUGGGCGACGCGCAGGAGUCGGUGCACAUGAUGCGCUACAAGAAGGCCGACAACGCCUUUUACAUCUUUGCCGACGACGUGGCGCCGCGCUACCUGUCGGCGCUGCUGCCGCUGGACUACGACACCAUUGCCACCGGCGACAAGUUCGGCAACCUGGUCAUCCUGCGGCUGCCGCAGGAGGCCUCGCAGCAGGUUGAGGACGACCCCACGGGCGGCAAGAUGGCGGCGGCUAGCGGCAAACUCAACGGCGCGCCGCACAAGCUGGAGGAGCUGGUCAAGUUCCACGUGGGCGACACCAUCACGGCGCUGCAGCGGGCGGAGAUGCAGGCGGGAGGCCAGGAGGUGCUGGUGUACUCUACGGUGAUGGGCGCCAUUGGUGUGGUGUACCCCUUCACCAGCCGCGAGGACGUGGACUUCUUCUCCCACCUGGAAAUGCACCUGCGCCAGGAGAACCCGCCGCUGGCGGGGCGCGACCACCUGGCCUACAGGUCCGCCUACUUCCCGGUGCGCAACUGUGUAGACGGCGACCUGUGCAGCCAGUACGCCUCGAUCCCCAUGAAGAAGCAGCAGAUGAUUGCGGAGGCCAUGGACCGCACCACAGGCGAGAUGCUGAAGAAGCUGGAGGACAUCCGCAACAAGAUCUUGUAGAGGCUUGCAACUGGUUUACGGUAUAGAACUAGUGCGAGGAUCUUGGGGUGGCGCUUUUUGCGGAUGUGGCGGGACAUGAGCAUGGUGUGUUGUGAAGGCCAGCAGCGUCCUGGACGCAGCGCAGGUGCUGCUGCGGCUCUGGGGCGCCGGCUGCCGGGGUGGGGGUGGCGGCGGUUGCAACGUGGCGGCGUGGCCAAAUGCCGUACGGCAUACAACCAAAACAAGCCAACGAAUGAGAAAUGCAAGCUGACAAAUGUGCAUAAAGCUGACAAUGGCACGUUUUAGACCACAUACAGGCUAGAGCAUUUGCCUGUGUUUUAUUCGGACUGUACCUUUUGAGCGAACUGUUCCACAGCUGACCACGACUGACUGUGGUGACGUAAUGUGUUGGGUGUGUGCGCGUGUGUGCCAACGGGUGGGCGCCUGCGAUCCUGAGUGGCAGCGACAUCACAGGUGGGCGAGAUUUAGUUGACUGUAUCAGGGUUGCGAGGACAGCGGAUUCGCUGCUGAGGGAUGAUGCGCAUGGAAAGAUUGCUUUGGUGGUGACAAGAGGGACCUGCUGACGCAGUUACUGAACCGCGAAAAAGGGCAAGUUUGGGCGGUGGUGGUUGAAGGUUUCUAGCCCGCGGCUGUGAGGCUGGGUUGGCGGCGUGGCGCGGGCGUGAGUGCUGGGCAGUCAGCGGGCUGCCGUGUCCUUGUGCAGGAGCGGCGGGGGCGGGGCAGGUUGCCAGGGGCGGGGCCUUGCGCCAGCGUUGGCAUAUGGCCGGGGCAUGGCCCCAUGGCCGCCCUCUGUGUAGAAUGCGUGUUGCCG